UUACAUGACCACAAGCCAUAGGGGGCGCCACAUGUGGCAUUUCACAUCAUGCUGGCCCCGCCCACGUGUGCUAACAGCUCUUUAGUACAGAAGUGGUGAUGACUGGGACAUGAAAGGAGUAAAAAGACAUGGUGGUGCUCUUGUUCCUCAGCAUUGCUGCCAGCAUUGCUCUGCUCUCAGGAGAGAAAGUCCAGCAGACUCCCGCCGAUAUGUUCAAGGAAAUGGGACAGACGGCCACCCUCAGCUGUUCUCACAGCGUGCAGAGCUACGACCAGAUCCUCUGUUGGAAGCACAAGUGGCCCCUCCCAACUGCAACAUCUGCGUUUGAGAAGCUGUUGUGGUUUGAUGGGAAGAAAAUGAUGUGCUUCCUCCUCGUGUUGUCCUUGGCAGGUGUCUGCUGGAGCUUGGAAGUGCAUCAGUCUCCUCCUGAGCUCAUCAGAAAAAGUUCCGACAAUGUGCAGAUCUUGUGCAGCCACGAUCGCACUGACUACAGAACAAUGCUGUGGAGGCAGUGUUCUGAUCGGCACGUCAUGGAACAGUGGCGACGAAGCACACUCAUGAUGACCCCGCCCAACAUUGCUGCCAGCAUUGCUCUGCUCUCAGGAGAGAAAGUCCAGCAGAAUCCCGCCGACAUGUUCAAGGAAAUGGGACAGACGGCCACCCUCAGCUGUUCUCACAGCGUGCAGAGCUACAACAUGAUCCUCUGGUACAAGAACGUGCACACGCAGAUGCACCUCCUGGGGUACAUGUAUGCCAGCAGCUCCUCACCAGAGAAGGGUGUGGACGUGGAGAUGACAGGGAGCGCCUUAGAGGGCAAAACGUGCCAUCUGAUGAUCCAAAAGCUCACACUGAACAGCAGUGUCUGCUGGAGCUUGGAAGUGCAUCAGUCUCCUCCUGAGCUCGUCAGAAAAAGUUACGACAAUGUGCAGAUCUUCUGCAGCCACGAUCGCACUGACUACAGAACAAUGCUGUGGUACCAGGUUUCUCCUUCAGAAACAACCAUGAAACUGGUUGGAAGAUUAUCCUACAAAGACGCCACUCUGGAGACGCCAUACAAAGACGAUUUUGGUCUAUCAGGAGAUUUGAGUGGCAACAACGCAAAGAAUGCCUAUCUGAGAGGCAGUGUUCUGAUCGGCACGAGCAAAAAGACAUGGUGGUGCUCUUGUUCCUCAGCAUUGCUGCCAGCAUUGCUCUGCUCUCAGGAGAGAAAGUCCAGCAGACUCCCGCCGACAUGUUCAAGGAAAUGGGACAGACGGCCACCCUCAGCUGUUCUCACAGCGUGCAGAGCUACAACCAGAUCCUCUGAACCUAACCUGAAAAUCACGCCACCGAAAGUGACCUUGCUCAAACCUUCUCCACACGAGUGCACCAACCAGAAGAACGCCACGGAGAAGAAGAAGACUUUAGUGUGCGUGGCCACGGGCUUCUAUCCGGACCACGUCAGCGUGGUGUGGAAGGUCGACAAUGACGAGGUGAGCGGGGGUGUGGCCACAGACGCCCAGGCCCUGCGGAGCGGGGACCACUACAGCAUCACCAGCAGGUUGAGGGUCCCAGCCAGACGGUGGUUCCACCCCAACAGAAACUUCACGUGCGUGGUCAAGUUUUUCAACGGGAACGAAACAGUCGACUAUCAGACGUCCAUCAACGGAGAAGGCUGGAGUCAGGAAGGCGCCGUGACACGAGAAAACUUCCUGAAGAUCUCACAGACCGCCAAACUCUCCUACGCCGUCCUCAUCGCCAAGAGCUGCGUCUACGGCGCCUUCGUCGUCUUGCUGAUCUGGAAGCUUCGGGUCUCCUCGGGAAAAAGCGACUAACGAAGGGGCCGUCUUGCUGUUGGAUUGCGCUGUUGUUCGUUGUGUAACUUGUUGGGUUUUUUUGCACGUUUGCUCAAUAAAAGUAUUCCGUCAUUCCCAA